AUGUGGAAGGUUUCACUAUCAGGCACGUUUAAACAGGGCUGUACUGCAUUCAGAGUGGUCACACCAAACAUCGAUGAAGAAGCGUCCAUGAUGGAAGAUGUGGGGAUGCAGGAUGUUCACUUUAAUGAGGACGUCCUGAUGGAGCUUUUGGAAGAAUGUGCUGAUGGUUUAUGGAAAGCAGAGCGUUAUGAGCUCAUCUCUGACAUCUACAAACUCAUCAUUCCCAUUUAUGAGAAACGCAGAGAUUUUGAGAGACUGGCUCACCUCUAUGACACCCUGCACCGUGCGUACAGUAAGGUCACAGAGGUCAUGCACACCGGCAAGCGCUUGCUGGGAACGUAUUUCAGAGUAGCGUUCUUCGGUCAGGCAGCGCAGUACCAGUGUAAUGACUCUGAGAUGAACGAGGGGUUCUUCGAGGAUGAAGACGGUAAAGAAUACAUAUAUAAGGAGCCCAAAUUCACCCCACUGUCUGAGAUCUCUCAAAGACUCCUUAAACUGUAUUCAGACAAGUUUGGAGCUGAGAAUGUCAAAAUGAUCCAGGAUUCUGGCAAGAUUAAUCCGAAGGAUCUGGACUCUAAAUACGCCUACAUCCAAGUGACUCAUGUCACCCCGUUCCUGGAGGAGAAGGAGCUGCUGGAGAGAAAAACAGCCUUUGAGAGGAGCCACAACAUCCGUCGAUUCGUCUUUGAGAUGCCGUUCACCGUUUCAGGCAAAAAACAAGGCGGCGUAGAGGAACAGUGCAAACGCAGGACUAUCCUCACCGCCACACACUGUUUCCCGUACGUGAAGAAGCGGAUCGCGGUGAUGUAUCAGCACCAUGUGGAUUUGAACCCCAUUGAGGUGGCGAUUGAUGAGAUGAGUAAGAAGGUGCUGGAGAUCAGACAGCUGUGUUCCUGCAGUGAUGUGGACAUGAUCCAGCUGCAGCUCAAACUACAGGGCAGCAUCAGUGUGCAGGUAAAUGCCGGACCUCUUGCUUAUGCCAGAGCUUUCCUGGAUGACGCCAGCACUAAGAAAUACCCAGACAACAAAGUCAAACAGCUGAAAGAAGUUUUCCGGCAGUUUGUGGAGGCGUGUGGUCUUGGUUUAGGUGUUAAUGAGCGUCUGAUUAAAGAAGAUCAGGAGGAGUAUCAUGACGAGAUGAAGGCCAACUACAGAGAUCUCACUAAAGAGCUGUCCGCCAUUAUGCAUGAGCCUAUCAGUCCAGUGGAUGAUGGUAUGCGCAGUCCUCUUCCAGAUUCACUGCACAUCUUCAGUGCCAUCAGCGGGACUCCCACUGCCGCCACUCUCCAGGGCCUGCCAAACUCCUCCUCAGUGGUGUGAACCUGACCCCUGCAGUGACCUUAUGACCUUUCACCUUUCAUUUCACACCUCUCCCAGACCUCAUGAAAGGGGAUCUGUAUGUUUCUGCCUCAUCCAGGGGAUUUCACCUGCUGUUUCCUGUGGAGACUUAAUCAAAAACUAUUUUAUUUUGGCCAUUUUGCCAGUUUUAUUAAUAGCCGUAGUGAAGAGAGGGAGAAUAGGUCUGAAAAUGAUGCAAGCCAAUUCAAUCUUGUAAGCACUGCAUUCAACGUGUGCUACCAUCCAAACUCUGACUCUGACUGCAACGGCUUUUACAUGUUAUACAUAUCUGCAUCCUCUGCAUUAUUCUAUAUUGUUUUAUUUUGUAUUACUUGUUCAAGCUCAGAUUUUCAGUUUUUGACGUCUACUUGUUUUGCUGGCUCGCUGUCUGAGAGGCGUCUGACGUUGCCAUCGAGUUCAAACCGCCGUCAGCAUCAGACGGGUUUAAAGCUGUCAUAUGUGAGCCAUGAGUCCGUGAGUGUGUUUGUGCAGCAGACGCACAUUGAGUGGGCGUGGCAUUCGUGUGAGGAGGUCAGCGCUUUCACUGCAUGUGAUACACUGGAGGUGCAGCGGAGCUUGUGCAGACACAAAUGCUAAUGUUCAACAUUAUUAUCAGUUAUCAAAUAUUUUUAUACUGUGGGACAGCUGAAUGUGAUAUUGUUUUUUAUCUGUAUUUAACAGUCUCUACUCUGCUGUAUUUAAACUGGUAUUGUCCCUAAUGCUUUGAAUAAAAUCUCAUACAAUUCUCAAA